AUGACUAGCGAUGGGAGAUCCAUGGAUUUUCUCAGACUUUCCAUCAACGUGAGUAAUAGAGGUGGGUUUAAAGCCGUUUCUGAGAACGUUGCAUGGGAUGAAGUUUGUAGGAGAUGGAUUACAUCCCUCACAAGAGAUACAAGCGUGGGGUUUCCUGGAAUCUUCUAUGAUCUGAUUGGUAGGCUUAGAGACUUUGUAUCUCAAGUGAAGAGUUAUGAGCUGAGGGAAGUAGGAGCAAAGUUCAAAUGCAACAAGGAUCGCUCUUCCAAUGGGAAGAGGAAACGGGAAUGUUUUGUAGAGACUUUGAAAUGGUUAAAUGAGGCUGCCAAGGAUCCUUAUGACACAUCUAUUGGUUCUUUGCCAGAUAGAUCAAAGUGGGAUUCUUAUGGAAGUGAAGAGCCAUGGAAACAGCUUCUUCUGUUUAGGGACUCAAGAAGAAACACUAUUUCACCUUGUCGAAAUAUUUGGAAUAGUGCUGGGCCUAGUUACAAUCUAAGAGAGAGACUCAGUAAUCAGUUUAAUGAGAGGAAAGCUGGGAAGGAUGGCUCGGAUUUGAAGGAUGAAUCAUGUGGUUUACUUGGUUCAGAGUUUCAAGCUGAAGUACCUGACUGGUCUGUCAUCACCUCUGAAAGCGAUUCAAAGUGUUUUGACACUCUGAUAUGGCCACUUAACAUAAAACAAAACAAUAAUAAUCUUCCUAUUGAAAGAGACCCAAUUGGAAAUUCUAACAGUGAUAAAAUGCUCACAAUGCUCGUCUCAGCUAUGGGAGAGUGUGCACUCUCGAUCGUUAGAGAACCAGAGCCGCAAUAUUUCGACGAGGAUUUUCUGCAUGAUUUAUGA